AUGGGGCCCCGGCUCGGCGUCUGGCUGCUGCUGCUCGCCGCGCUCCUGCUCCACGAGGAGAGCAGCCGGGCCGCCGCGAAGGGUGGGUGUGCCGGCUCUGGCUGCGGGAAGUGUGACUGCCACGGCGUGAAAGGACAAAAGGGAGAAAGAGGCCUCCCGGGGUUACAAGGGGUCAUCGGGUUUCCCGGAAUGCAAGGACCCGAGGGGCCGCAGGGACCACCAGGACAAAAGGGUGACACCGGCGAGCCCGGACUGCCAGGCACUAAAGGGACGAGAGGACCCUUGGGAGUGCCUGGUUACCCUGGAAACCCAGGACUUCCUGGUAUUCCUGGCCAGGAUGGCCCUCCGGGUCCCCCAGGUAUUCCAGGAUGCAACGGAACAAAGGGUGAGAGAGGGCCUGUGGGACCUCCCGGUUUGCCUGGAUUUGCCGGAAAUCCCGGACCACCAGGGUUACCGGGAAUGAAGGGAGAUCCAGGUGAGAUCCUGGGCUAUAUACCAGGGACCCUGCUGGUAGGCGAAAGAGGCUUUCCUGGACAGCCGGGAGCACCUGGCUCACCAGGUCUGCCAGGACUGCAAGGCCCCGUCGGCCCCCCGGGAUUCACUGGGCCACCAGGUCCUCCAGGCCCUCCUGGCCCUCCAGGUGAAAAGGGGCAAAUGGGCUUGAGCUUUCAAGGGCCAAAAGGUGAAAAGGGUGAUCAAGGGGUGAGCGGGCCCCCAGGAUUACCAGGACAGGCUCAAGUCAUCACGAAAGGAGACACGGCCAUGCGGGGCGAGAAGGGUCAAAAAGGUGAACCCGGAUUUCAGGGGAUGCCAGGCAUUGGAGAGAAAGGAGAACCUGGAAAACCAGGGCCCCGCGGAAAACCAGGAAAAGAUGGUGAAAAAGGAGAAAAAGGGAGUCCAGGGUUUCCAGGCGAUUCGGGAUACCCAGGACAGCCAGGUCGAGAGGGUUUAAAGGGACAGAAAGGUGAAGCAGGUCCUCCCGGGCUGCCUGGAACUGUUAUUGGCACAGGACCCUUGGGAGAGAAAGGAGAGCCUGGGUACCCAGGGGGUCCAGGGGCGAAAGGGGAGACAGGUCCCAAAGGUUUCCCGGGAAUACCAGGCCAGCCAGGCCCUCCAGGCUUCCCGACUCCGGGGUUGAUCGGUGCCCCCGGCUUCCCUGGCGACAGAGGAGAGAAGGGUGAACCGGGCUUGCCAGGCGUGUCGCUGCCGGGACCCAGUGGAAGGGACGGGCUUCCCGGCCCCCCUGGCCCCCCCGGGCCCCCCGGGCAGCCGGGCCACACAAACGGAAUCGUGGAAUGCCAGCCCGGGCCGCCAGGUGAUCAGGGUCCCCCCGGAAUUCCAGGGCAGCCGGGGUUGACGGGCGAAGUUGGAGAAAAAGGUCAAAAAGGAGACAGUUGCCUCGUCUGUGACACAACAGAGCUUCGUGGGCCCCCAGGGCCACAGGGACCCCCCGGAGAAAUAGGUUUCCCAGGACAGCCAGGGGCCAAGGGUGACAGAGGCUUGCCCGGCAGGGAUGGUCUGGAAGGAGUGCCUGGUCCGCAAGGUUCGCCGGGGCUCAUGGGCCAGCCGGGAGCCAAGGGGGAGCCCGGCGAGAUCUACUUCGACAUACGGCUCAAGGGCGACAAAGGAGACCCCGGCUUCCCAGGCCAGCCCGGCAUGCCAGGCAGAGCGGGAUCUCCCGGAAGAGACGGCCACCCGGGUCUGCCCGGCCCCAAAGGCUCCCCGGGUUCAGUAGGAUUGAAAGGGGAGCGUGGCCCCCCAGGAGGCGUCGGAUUCCCCGGGAGCCGUGGCGACAUCGGCCCUCCGGGGCCUCCAGGCUUCGGCCCGAUUGGCCCCAUUGGUGACAAAGGACAGAUGGGCUUCCCAGGAAACCCCGGGGCCCCAGGCCAGCCAGGUCCCAAGGGAGAGGCAGGAAAAGUCGUGCCCUUGCCCGGCCCCCCUGGAGCAGAAGGACUUCCCGGGUCCCCCGGCUUCCAGGGACCACAAGGUGACCGAGGUUUUCCUGGAAGCCCCGGAAGGCCGGGCCUCCCCGGAGAGAAGGGCGCCAUCGGCCAGCCUGGGAUUGGAUUUCCAGGGCCUCCUGGCCCCAAAGGCGUGGAUGGUUUACCUGGAGACGCUGGGCCUCCUGGGAAUCCGGGUCGCCCAGGCUUCAACGGCUUACCUGGCAACCCCGGUCCGCCUGGCCAGAAGGGCGAGCCUGGAGUCGGUCUGCCGGGACUCAAAGGCCUGCCCGGGAUACCGGGCAUCCCCGGCACCCCCGGGGAGAAGGGAAGCGUCGGAGGACCGGGAGUUCCUGGAGAGCACGGCGCUAUCGGCCCCCCCGGCCUCCAGGGGCUCAGAGGUGACCCGGGACCUCCUGGAUUGCAAGGCCCCAAAGGAGCUCCGGGAGUCCCCGGGAUUGGCCCCCCUGGAGCAAUGGGCCCCCCCGGAGGACAGGGACCCCCAGGGUCAUCAGGUCCCCCCGGAGUGAAAGGAGAGAAAGGCUUCCCUGGCUUCCCAGGCCUGGACAUGCCGGGCCCCAAAGGAGACAAAGGGUCCCAGGGGCUCCCCGGCCUGACGGGGCAGUCGGGGCUGCCUGGCCUUCCUGGACAGCAGGGCACCCCCGGCCAGCCCGGCUUUCCAGGUCCCAAGGGAGAGAUGGGCGUCAUGGGGACCCCGGGGCAGCCCGGCUCGCCAGGACCAGCAGGCGUGCCAGGAUUGCCAGGUGCCAAAGGGGACCACGGCUUCCCUGGCUCUUCAGGACCCAGGGGAGACCCUGGCUUCAAGGGUGACAAAGGCGACGUGGGGCUCCCUGGCAAGCCAGGCUCCAUGGAUAAGGUGGACAUGGGCAGCAUGAAGGGCGAGAAGGGAGACCAAGGCGAGAAAGGACAAACUGGUCCGACCGGCGAUAAAGGAUCCCGGGGAGACCCAGGAACGCCAGGCGUGCCUGGAAAGGACGGUCAGGCAGGACACCCCGGGCAGCCAGGACCUAAAGGUGAUCCAGGUGUGAGUGGGAUCCCAGGCGCUCCGGGACUUCCUGGCCCCAAAGGAUCCACUGGUGGAAUGGGCCUACCAGGAAUGCCAGGACCAAAAGGUGUGGCUGGCAUCCCCGGCCCGCAGGGCAUUCCUGGCUUACCUGGAGACAAGGGGGCAAAAGGAGAGAAGGGGCAGGCGGGUCUGCCUGGCAUUGGGAUUCCAGGACGGCCCGGGGACAAGGGAGACCAGGGCUUGUCAGGAUUUCCAGGAAGCCCCGGCGAGAAGGGAGAGAAAGGAAGCGCUGGGAUCCCAGGGAUGCCCGGGUCACCGGGCCCCAAAGGCUCCCCGGGCAGUGUUGGCUAUCCAGGAAGCCCUGGGUUGCCUGGAGAGAAAGGUGACAAAGGCCUCCCGGGACUGGAUGGCAUUCCUGGCAUCAAAGGAGAAGCAGGUCUUCCUGGGAAGCCUGGCCCCACGGGCCCAGCUGGCCAGAAAGGGGAGCCCGGCAGCGAUGGAAUCCCAGGGUCGGUGGGAGAGAAGGGCGAGCCAGGUCUACCUGGAAGAGGAUUCCCAGGGUUUCCAGGGAGCAAAGGAGAGAAAGGUUCAAAGGGCGACGUGGGCUUCCCAGGAUUAGCCGGGAGCCCAGGAAUCCCUGGAUCCAAAGGAGAACAAGGCUUCAUGGGUCCCCCGGGACCACAGGGACAGCCGGGAUUGCCAGGGACCCCAGGCCACGCGGUAGAGGGGCCCAAAGGAGACCGCGGCCCGCAAGGACAACCCGGCCUGCCAGGGCAUCCGGGACCCAUGGGGCCUCCAGGCCUCCCCGGGCUCGAUGGGCUGAAAGGUGACAAGGGGAACCCAGGCUGGCCGGGCACUCCAGGAGCACCAGGGCCCAAGGGAGACCCAGGAUUCCAGGGCAUGCCGGGCAUUGGCGGCUCUCCAGGAAUCACAGGAGCCAAGGGUGAUAUGGGACUUCCAGGAGUUCCAGGGUUUCAAGGUCAGAAAGGCCUCCCUGGCCUGCAGGGAGUUAAAGGUGACCAAGGAGACCAAGGCUUCCCGGGAACUAAAGGUCUUCCCGGCCCCCCGGGUCCCCCAGGUCCGUUCGACAUCAUCAAGGGGGAACCAGGGCUCCCUGGGCCCGAGGGCCCCGCGGGUCUGAAAGGGCUUCAGGGACCUCCAGGCCCGAAAGGACAGCAAGGUGUGACGGGAUCCGUGGGCUUACCUGGGCCCCCGGGUGAGCCCGGCUUUGACGGCGCGCCCGGGCAGAAGGGAGAGACCGGGCCCUUCGGCCCUCCCGGUCCACGAGGCUUCCCGGGUCCGCCCGGGCCUGACGGGCUGCCGGGAUCCAUGGGUCCCCCGGGCACCCCAUCCGUCGAUCACGGCUUCCUUGUGACCCGGCACAGUCAGACGACAGACGACCCCCAGUGUCCUCCUGGGACCAAAAUCCUCUACCACGGGUACUCUCUGCUCUACGUGCAAGGCAACGAGCGGGCGCACGGCCAGGACCUGGGCACGGCGGGCAGCUGCCUGCGGAAGUUCAGCACCAUGCCCUUCCUCUUCUGUAACAUCAACAACGUCUGCAACUUCGCCUCCCGCAACGACUACUCCUACUGGCUGUCCACCCCGGAGCCCAUGCCCAUGUCCAUGGCUCCCAUCACCGGGGACAGCAUCCGGCCCUUCAUCAGCAGGUGCGCGGUGUGUGAGGCUCCGGCCAUGGUGAUGGCCGUGCACAGCCAGACAAUCCAGAUUCCCCAGUGCCCCACCGGCUGGUCCUCGCUCUGGAUCGGCUACUCCUUUGUGAUGCACACCAGCGCCGGGGCUGAAGGCUCUGGCCAGGCCCUCGCCUCCCCUGGCUCGUGUCUGGAGGAGUUCAGAAGCGCCCCCUUCAUCGAGUGCCACGGCCGCGGAACUUGCAAUUACUACGCCAAUGCUUACAGCUUUUGGCUCGCUACGAUAGAGCGGAGCGAGAUGUUCAAGAAGCCCACGCCGUCCACGCUGAAGGCCGGGGAGCUGCGCACGCACAUCAGCCGCUGCCAAGUAUGCAUGCGGAGGACAUAG